UUCAGAGCCAGUGCGGGGCAUUCGCGGGCCGCGGGGCAGAGUGGAAUAGCAUCAGUACCCAUCCGACUCAUUAAGCAUUUGUCAUUGCUUGUUACCUGUAGACUUUCCGUUAACUUCGAUAUAUAAUCCUACCUAUUCAACAUCGCUGACCCAGGCAUCAAAUCAUAUAUUCCCAUCAUGUUUACCGGAAUUGUUGAAGAAGUGGGAGUUGUCUCCAACCUCAACACCAAUGACUCAACAGGAGGCACCUCUCUGACCAUUUCCAUUCCUUCUGGGUCAAAGCUCCUCUCAGACUGCCAUGACGGCGACUCCAUUUCUGUCAACGGCGUCUGCCUUACAGUCACAUCCUUCACCUCCGAGGCUUUCACCAUUGGCGUUGCCCCCGAGACUCUACGCAUCACCAACUUAGGCGAUCUCAAGGAGGGCAGUAACGUCAACCUUGAGCGUGCUGUUCGGGCUGAUACCCGCAUGGGCGGCCACUUUGUUCAGGGUCAUGUCGACACUACUGCCGAGAUCCUCUCUGUUGAGAAGGAUGGCAAUGCCUUGACCUUCCGGUUCCAACCAGCCCGCAAGGAUAUGCUGCGGUACAUUGUGUACAAGGGUUUUAUCGCCAUCGAUGGCACAAGCUUGACUGUCACCAAGGUCAACGAUGAUGAAGCAUGGUGGGAGGUUAUGCUGAUUGCGUACACCCAAGAGAGGGUUGUCGUGGCGCAGAAGAAGAAGGGUGACACUGUCAAUGUUGAGGUUGAUAUGAUGGCCAAGUAUGCAGAGAAGUCUCUGGGCGGUGUUGUUGGCUCGGAACCUGGAGCUGCUGCCUCGUUUCCCUUUAUUGAGAAGAUCGUUGAGAGAAUCGUGGCCCAGGGAUUCGGCGGAAAGCCAUGAGGCUAAUAGAUUUCAUCAUUAAAGGUUUAGGUUCGUAUUUCUCAUAAUCCUGGGUAUCACUAUGCUCAUGGAUCCUAUCGGCUUGAUACCACCAACGCUUUAAUACAAAUGCCUUGAAAUAC